CAGUGUAAAUUGACUACCGCUUCAGAUAUGUCGAAAAUUUAUUUCUGCUUGAUUUUAUGUUCUUUAUCCUUGUGCUUACAUGCAUCUACUUGUCCAAGCGGAUGGAUGCGGAAUGAAAAUUCCUGUUAUUUCUUCAGCCAGGACCACGAGGAUUGGCCAACCGCUAUGACAAUGUGUCACAUUUUAGGUGGUAAAUUCGUAGAGAUUGAAUCAGCUGCAGAAGGCACAUUUCUUGCAUCAAUGGCAAUGAGGUUUGAUAAAAACUACUGGAUAGGUCUCAGUGAUAUACAACAAGAAGGGGUCUGGAUAUGGAUGGAGACAAAAACUCCCAUGUCACAAACUGGAUAUUUAAACUGGCAUCCGGAUCAGCCCAAUAAUUAUGAUCAUAAACAAAACUGUGCUACAUUGAACGGGAAUAACUACUAUGGACAAUGGAACGAUUGGCAUUGUAGCGCUUCGAAUUUGCCUUUCAUAUGCGAAAAACCUGAUGGCUUACCAGAAAUAGUAGGCUAAAUGUGGCGUCAACUGGAUACAUGUGCUGUCAAACAAGUGAAAUAACAAAAACUCAUAUGA